AUGAAUUUAUAUAUCUGGGAAUAUAGCGAAGGCAGUGGUGGUGGUUGUGAUGUUGGUGGCAGCAGCAGCAAAGGACUAUAUUUCAAAUUACAUGAAACCAUCAGACGAAAGGCUCGCAUAACAAAGAAAGAAAUGCUGUGCACGAGCUUUCUUUCCUUCCUUUACACACUGGAAGAAAGCAGAAAUACCAAAGCCUUUCAAUUAGAUGCUGAUUAUGAUGUAACUCAACAACGCAAUACAUAA